AUGCGCACAACGAUUGCAGCCCCGGGAGGCUGGUCGGACCGGAAGAUCCGAGAAGCUCCAGCGCGUUCGCCUGACGUGACUCGCUCUGGGGGCGGGUUCAGUCGCUGGGGUUCCAGUACCAUUGGUCCGGAGCCCCGCAGUAACCAGGGGAACUGCAAACAGUGUAGCAGAUGCUUCCGGUUCGAGUACCCGGAACCGCCGCCUCUAGGGAUGGACGGAACGAACGUGAGUGGGGCUGACUGCCCAGUGGAGUACAGCUACUGGAACCUGCUGGACACCUGGGGUUACACUAAGGACAUGGUGACAGACUUUGAUGAGAAACAUGAUGAGUAUUUAAUAUUGCUUCAGCAGAGGAAUCGGAUAUUAAAGCAUUUGAAAAGCAAGGACCCUGUGCAGUUGAGGCUGGAACACUUGGAGCAGGGCUUCUCUGUGUACGUCAACGGGGCCAAUUCUGAGCUGAAGACGUCGCCACGCAAAGCCAUCCACUCUGACUUCUCCAGGAGUGCCUCACAUGCGGAGGAGACUCACGAUUAUGGACGAAGGGCCCUGUUUAAAGAAGCUGAAGAAGCCUUAAGACGUGGCUCCAGGACGGCCCCCAGCAAAGUCCAGCGCCGCGGAUGGCACCAGAAAUCUGUGCAAAUCAGAACAGAAGCUGGCUCACGGCUCCACAUCGAACCACCUCUGGACGUUUCUGAAGCUUUUGAGCCAGAUGGGGAUGUGACUAUCAAGGCAAAGGAGGAAACUUCUGGGGAUCAUCCACAGGAGCUGAGAAAAAGCUUGGAGCUUACUGUAAAUCUACAAAAACAACAAAAGGAUUGUUCCAGUGAUGAGUAUGACUCCAUUGAAGAAGAUGUGUUCUCUGAGCCUGAACCUGAGGGUCAGGUGCUGGUGAACACCUCCAGAGAUGAUCCCCUUCUUUCAAGUGGGGACUCAGUACAGAGGGACUUCCCUGAGGACCAGGAGACGGAAGGACGCCCUCCCCAGGGCCCAGACACCCUGGUGACACUGGCAUUUAACACAGCUUCCACAAGUAGUAAAAGGGAAAGACACUUGUCUGCUAAACGGAAGGACAAUGCUGAAGUCUUCAUUCCCAGCAAAUCAGAGGCAGCCCUGAAUCACCAGCCCCCCGCCACACUUCCAGACCAUGAGAGGACCCACUCCAGACCUGGAAGCCGAUGGGAGAGACCCCUGUCAGCAUCCCGAAAAGCAGUGCAAGAGACGGAGGACCGGGAGGAAGAUGCCUCGGCCGUGCUCCGAGCCAUCCAGGUGGAGAAUGAAGCCCUGCAGAAGGCGCUCCAACGCAGAAAGGCUGAGCUGCCAGCCAGCCAACUGCAGGAUGCUGAGGAACCAGCAGCCAAGCCCUGGGCCAGCCUGCUGAAGGACAAGGAAGAGAUGCUGUCCUUGGAGCUGCCUCCCAUUGCCUUGGGAACCUCCACGCAGGAGCCGGGGUCGGAGCCAUCCAGGGAAGCAGGGGGAGAUAGAGGCAGCAAUGAAGCCACCGAUAGACUUGGCCUUUUGGGAAGCAGACAGCAGCAGAAGCUUCUGAAAGUCCCCCAGGCCACCGACAGUGACUCUGCCCACCUCAGCCAAACGAUUUUACCGACUGAGGAACAAGGGCCGCAUCCAGAGGGUGAGCUGAGGAUGAAAGCAGAAGAGAUGAAGGAUGCCAUCUUUGUGACCAUGGAAAUCCUGUCCAACUGGGGCAGCACAGCAUGGGUGGGGCUCACGGAAGUUGAGUUCUUUGACCUGAAAAAUAGCAAGCUUUAUGUGUUGCCUCACGAUGUAGACAUUCUGAAUGCAGACAUGCCUGGGGACCUGGGCCGUCUCGUCAACCGGAACUUGGCUAGCAAGAAGGACCUCGCCUUGUGGACCUGCCCCUUCCAGCCGCCCCUCCAGCUCUCCUUUAUUAUCCGCAACACAAGACAGCUGCGCGACUUUGGGCUAGCCACGAUCAAGGUCUGGAACUACUGGUCAGCUGAUGGCGAUCUUGACAUUGGUGCCAAGAACGUGAAGUUGUAUGUCAACAAAAGCCUUGUCUUUGAUGGCAAAUUAGACAAAGGUGGCGGAGAGGCUCCAGCUGACCAGAGCAUCGCAGUGGACCUGAAGACUGAGAAGGAUGAGUGGACACAGAAUGCCGCCAGCGCUGACUCAGAAGAGAACAAAGAUGCCCACAAGCUGGCUGGUGCAGAUGGGGACCAAGAGCUCAGUCUCAAUUAUGCGCUACCAGCUGGAGCGUUAUUGGAUGUGAAGGUUUCUUCACAGGGAAGUUUAUUUGGUGAAAGGAGGAAUUCUACUAAUUGCAUGAAGGACAGUUUACCUGAAUUAGAGAAAGGCUUAAGAAUGUUAACAGUCCCCAUGUUGAUGGGUGAUGUCCCCAGUGACCCUCCUCCCUCCCCGCCUUUGAAAUGCCCUUCUGUUAAUGAGGACCUCUCUCUAAUCCAACAACUGGAAAACGUCACAGGCAGGAAAAUCUCUGAGCCACCAGGCAAAACCCCAUCCUGGUUACAGCCUUCUCCCAAAGGGAAAGACAAGAAGUCCAAACCACUUUGGCUUAGUCCUGAGCAGCGGCUGGACUGGAAAGGCCAGCUUCCACCGCAAGAUGGUGUUGGUGUGGGUCCUGGAGAGACGGAGACUGAGUGGGCAAACAGUUGGAGUGUCAUCGCAGGGGACAGGCUCCAGAGGAUAAGCCCCAGGGUAUCUGGAGACGAUCUAGACAUCUUCAACCUGCCUUCCAACAGAGAGCGUCCUGCGAGUGGGAGGAGAGGCCCACGGAAGGAUGCCCUCAGUGGUAGUCAUGAUGAUGACCAGCCAGCCAGCAGAGAAAAUGCCUUGUCCACUCAGAUGCUGCCGCGGUCCUGGUGGCGCAGCAAGCAGGAGCACAUGCUGUACGAGUCGUGGAACUCCCUCAGCGCCUUCGACCUCUCUCAUCGGGGGCGCAUCUCCAAUACAGAGUUCCAGGGGGACAUCCUAGAUGAGUUCCUGCAGCAGCAGAAAGGUAGCCGGCAGAGUGAGCUGCCGCCCUCUGGCAAGGGGGGAAUGCCAGAGCCGCUGCAGGCCCAGGAUGGCUGUCCUUUAGAGACAGACAAUGACAGCGACUUUAAAAUCCCCGUCCUGCCCUAUGGACAGCACUUGGUCAUCGAUAUCAAGUCAACGUGGGGGGACCGACACUACGUUGGCCUUAAUGGAAUAGAAAUAUUCAGUUCCACGGGCGAACCAGUGCAGAUUCUGAGCAUUCAAGCAGACCCCCCUGACAUCAACAUUUUACCAGCAUAUGGAAAAGACCCCCGUGUGGUCGCCAACCUCAUGGAUGGGGUGAACAGGACUCAAGACGACAUGCACGUCUGGCUGGCGCCCUUCACACCAGGCAAGCCCCACUCCAUUACCAUCGACUUCACAUACCCCUGCCAAGUGGCCCUGAUCAGGAUUUGGAAUUACAAUAAAUCACGGAUCCAUUCCUUCCGCGGUGUGAAAGACAUCAUGAUGCUCUUAGACGCACAAUGCAUCUUUAUGGGAGAAAUCGCCAAGGCCUCCGGAACUCUGACAGGAGCCCCAGAGCACUUUGGGGACACAAUCUUGUUCACAACCGAUGAUGACAUUCUUGAGGCCAUCUUCUGUUCUGAUGAGACAUUUGACGUGGAUGUGGAGAGUGUCUGCAGCCUGCAGUAUGACGAGGCCCUGAGGAGACCCAGCACAGCCAAUGGCGAGGACGAUGACCAGGACAGGCCCUUCACCCAGGCCGGCCUCUGGGCUGAAGACCCGGUCCUGGAACCAGAGCUAUCACCCAGCCCUCCUGUCCCUGAAGUCACCACGCCAGAGCCGGGCAUUUACCAUGGGCUCUGUCUUCAGUUGAAUCUCACUGCCUCCUGGGGAGACCUGCACUACGUGGGGCUCACAGGCCUGGAGGUGGUGGGCAAAGAUGGCCAGGCACUGCCUAUCAGCCUGCACCAGAUCUCUGCCUCGCCCAGAGACCUGAAUGACCUUCCCGAGUACAAUGAUGACUCCAGGACCCUGGAUAAGUUAAUCGAUGGAGCUAACAUCACGAUGGAGGAUGAGCACAUGUGGCUGAUCCCCUUCUCACCGGGACUGGACCACGUGGUCACCAUCCAGUUCGACCGAGCCCAGAGUAUUGCAGGCCUGCGCUUCUGGAACUACAAUAAAUCUCCCGAGGACACCUAUCGAGGGGCCAAAAUCAUCCAUGUCACUCUGGACGGCUUAUGCAUCUCCCCCCCAGAGGGCUUCCUCAUCCGGAAGGGACCAGGCAACUGCCACUUUGAUUUUGCUCAAGAAAUCCUCUUUGUGGACCACCUGCAGCCACGGCUGCUGCCCCCACCAGCCAGGAGGCUCCACACAAAGAAGAGCCAGGAGCUUGCCAGUAUGGACUACGAGGCGCCAGUGAUGCCAUGCGGCUGUAUCCUCCUCUCUGCCUAG